AUUGUCGAAGGUUGUUGAGCCAGGAGCUUUUUCUCACCGCCUAUUUCCUUCCCCUAGCACUAGCUGUUGCUGAGCCAGUGGCUCGUUGAAGCCGGUAGAUUGUCUUUUCUUUGCUUGGCUAUUUUAUAGAUUUCGUUCGGUUGGUCUUGGUGGGUCUAGAUAGAGCCGCCCUGGUUGGUGUUAAGUUUCUGGGUUGCGAGUUGUGACGACGCCUCGUCCACAGAAACCAUCAGCUUCUAACCACAAGGCCGGCUAGCUGAAGUCGUUGACCACAGCAAUCCACUGCUCCAAUCCAAAAGAAAAGAGCUCCGGAUAAGAUAGAAAACCUGUACCGAUGAGCGAUGCCGCCGCCGCCUCCAUCUGCGCCCAGAUCUCCUCCGUCUUCUCCGCUCCCUCCCCUCACCCGCCCGCGCGCUCCGUCCUCGUCUCGGAGCUCGCCGCCGCGGCCGCCCGGGGCGGCCGCGUGUUCACGCACGGCGUCGGGCGGGAAGGCCUGAUGACGCGCGCCCUCUGCAUGCGGCUCGCGCACCUGGGCAUCACCGCGCACUGCGUCGGCGACGUCACGGCGCCGCCCGCCUCACCCGGAGACCUCCUCGUCGCUUCCGCGGGCCCCGGCGCCUUCUCCACCGUCGACGCCAUCUGCGGCGUGGCGCGGGCCGCCGGCGCGCGCGUCCUGCUGCUCACCGCCAGGGCCGAGGGCGAGUUCCCCGGGCGACAGGCCGAUGUGGUGGCCCACCUCCCCGCGCAGACCAUGGCUGAUGACGAGGAGGAGGAGGAGGAGGAGGAGGAGGAUGGCGCGGCGGCGGCGACGGCGCGGGGGGCGAAGCUGCCGAUGGGUAGCCUGUACGAGGGGGCCAUGUUUGUGCUGUUCGAGAUGGUGGUGCUGGAGCUCGCCCGCGUCCUGGGCCAGAGCCCGGCCCAGAUGAGGGCCCGCCACACCAACUUGGAGUAGUCUCGUGUUUCAGCUUCUGUGCAAUGCCGAUGUGGAUAGCAUGUUGCCAAAUGUUACUGUUGGUUCUGAAACAAAAGGCAGAUGCUACCGCUUAUAGGUUGGAUAUUGUAUAGAGUAAAUUAUAAAGAUAUUCAAGUUCUUGCUAAAAAGGGUAAACGGUCGUGACCAACUUAUGCUUGCGAGUUUUGAAUUUUGGCCACUCUCUUUCAAGUUUUGAGUUGGUGUAAUAGUUGGCACUUGUUUAUCACAUAGUCAUUUGGGUUU